AUACUCAGAACAUUCCUCUGGGUGCCCUCAGUGUCAUCUAUAACAUCUUUACCACUUUGUCUGUGGAGCAGCUCCAGGGUUUAUACCCUAAGACAUAAAAAAUUUGAAUUUCAGCACUCUAGCUUUUGGAUUUGAGAGGCAUUUAUUCAUGUUUCUAAUAUUUUUGGACUGUCCUAGACCAUGAGAAAAACAUGUAUUAAUUUUGAAAAUGGGCGCAGUUCCCCUUUAAGUUGAUCAUACACAUCAUUACACACACUGGUGCAGUGAUCAGCUAAUUAAAAGGUGAAGUACCUCCAGUCAUAACAUAAUGAUAAACAAAAAGAAGCUAUUUAUGAGCCAUGUGCACGCUAUCCCAGACAUAAACCCUCAUACAUCUAAAAAUUGGGCACACAAGCUACCUAAAAGUGCCAUAUCUGCCUUUAAACUCUGCCCCGAAAAUGAGAAUCUGCGUCUAAAAGUGUAUGCGGGGACAUAAACACUUCACUAUACGAGAUGACACGUCUCAGGGCUCUUAAGGCACACAAAGAGUCCUUGUAUGACCACUGGUACCUCGACGUCAGCGUCUCUGUUGCACUGAGCUGAGUUGGCCAGCAGCAACGUCACUCCCUGACGGCGGCAUCAGAGCAGCACGAGCGGCCAUCCGCGCAGCAGCGACUCGCUCCGGAACUCGGCGGAGGGAGACAGCGUUGGACAGCGGCUCUGUGCUCUGGGACUGACUAGACGGCGACUUUGUGCUUCUGUAGCUCAGGUAAACCACGAAGUCGCUUAUGGUGGAGACGCUUUUGUUCAUUUCAAGUGUCUAAGUAACACCCAGGACCACAAGGCUUGAGCAAACACAAGAUGGUGAUUACCAGCGUGGCAUCCCUCAGAAGGACAUCGCUGGCCAUGGACACGGAGAGCAGAUGUUUGCAGUGAAGAGGAGCAGACUGGAGAGGAGGUAGUAACAGGUGCUGCGUGCCAAGGUGGAUUUGGAGGUGGGGAGGAGAGCUGAAGAUCAUGGGUAAAUCAAACAGCAAGCUCAAGCCAGAGGUGGUGGAGGAACUGACAAGGAAAACCUACUUUACAGAGAAAGAGGUGCAGCAGUGGUACAAAGGCUUCAUCAAAGAUUGUCCAAGCGGGCAGCUGGACGCUGUGGGCUUUCAGAAGAUAUACAAACAGUUCUUUCCUUUUGGAGAUCCCACAAAGUUUGCCUCCUUCGUCUUCAAUGUAUUUGAUGAAAAUAAGGAUGGACGCAUCGAGUUCUCUGAGUUCAUCCAGGCCUUGUCAGUGACUUCCCGGGGGACUCUGGAUGAGAAGUUGAGAUGGGCUUUUAAAUUAUAUGACCUUGACAAUGAUGGCUACAUCACCCGAGAUGAGAUGUUAAACAUCGUAGAUGCCAUAUAUCAGAUGGUGGGGAACACUGUGGAGCUGCCAGAGGAAGAAAACACACCAGAAAAGCGAGUGGACCGUAUUUUUGCAAUGAUGGACAAGAACGCAGACGGGAAGCUGACUCUGCAGGAGUUUCAGGAGGGUUCAAAGGCAGACCCUUCUAUCGUGCAGGCAUUGUCUCUUUAUGAUGGACUUGUGUAGCAAUGUAAGAUGGAUCCAGCCCAGCAUACACGCGCCAAAUCCAGCACCAUCACACCUGCGACGGGAGGAAGCCACAUUUAACUCGCUCACCCAGAAGUGGACUGCAAACUUUAGUCGCACAGCCGUAUGGCAUGCGUGUCGAUUAGCUGUUCGUCUGCAUUUUCGGAUUGUAAACAAAUAUAUCCUCUGAUGUGACGGAGAAGUCAAACAUGUCAGCAAAACCCUCAGUCAUUUAUCUGUGCUUCUACAGCUAUGUGGCACCGCGUACACCCCUGAGUGUUGUGGACUGUGUACAAGCAUUUCUGCAAACGCAGUGUUGUGGUUUUCCCAUGGACAGUCUAAGGAACUGAACUCCCCCCUGAGAUGUUCAUGUGCGUCUUGUUCACAUACUAUAAACCGGGGGAUGCACGUGAACCGCUCAGAGGAACUGUGCUGCUGCUUCACCACCACAUGGAGAAACUCGAGACCCGGGAGAAUCUGGAAAAAUGUGUUACCUGGUGAUAACGUGAACACUAACUUAAAGUUACAAAGCAGUAUAGUGUAUAUUGUAUAAUGUAAAUAGAACGGUAAUUUAUUUUCUGCUUUGCUGCGUUUAUGGGAAUUUCCUCAUGAGUAUGGAAUGGAGUUUUAUUUUUUAUCAAAGGUGUUGACAUGUAUUGCACUGUAUUUUUCAUUAUUGUGGGAUUGUUGUACUCUCACAUUCUGAAGUUUCCUUUUCCUGAGAGAACAGGGUUUUUAUUUGACGAAGAGUGUUUGAAGGAGUUUUUUCUAUGGAGUAUUUUACUAUGUUUGCAGUCUCUGCAUCCUUUUGUGUUUUCACUUCCCCGUUCGCACUAGUGUCUAGUGUCUGCAGUGUCGCACAGCCACAUCCUGAAUGACAUGACCAAGCAACACGGCGACUUCUCACAGCUUGCAUCCAAACUGAGGCUCAUUAUUUCUUUUGAGAGCAUCUCACUCCACCCUCAGCGCACACACAAAGCCCUGGUCAUUGAGAGGCACAAACAGACAUCAGUUCUGGUUGUAAAGCUUUUUGCGAGCUCCGUGGUUGCAAUUGUCCACUUUGUAUUUGUCCUGUGUGAGGCCAGAGCAUGUGAUGAUGCCUUUUUUCCCAUUCUUGGAUUGUUUUAGUUAACAGCAUUACGAUGUUUUAUCAGCUUCACUGAUUUUCUGCCUUAUGCAAAUGAGAAUUUACUAAAUGAUAAAUGUCAUUUACCUGUUGAUUAACAGUAUAAGAGCACAGAAUAAAAUGCAUUUAAGUGGCUAACUUUUCUAUCACUGCAUUCUUAGUCUUUGUAUUUGACAUUAAUGGAAAAGAUGUGUUUGAUUUUUUUACAUACAGGAUCAUUUAAAGCAGCUGCUCUGUUUAAUGCACAACUGGAAUGACUGUUGCUUACAUAUGUAUUUGCAAAAUGUUCCUUAUGAUCGUUAAUGAAUCAUGUCCCAAGACAAUAAUCAAAGACUUCACACACCCGACUGCAUUCAAUAUUUGAAAAGAUGAUUAGUCCAGUGUUGCACUGACCUACUUCACUUUUAGGGAAUAAUGUCAUGUUGAGUGUGUGUCAUGCUUUGAAACACAGAACAUGCCAACUCGCUGUGUGGUGUAAGCCUGCACUGUUUGGUUGAAUAAUGAACACUGAACUGCAUAAAA